AUGCCUGUUGUCAAAGGAGGCGUGUGGACGAACAUUGAGGAUGAGAUCCUCAAAGCGGCCGUCUCCAAAUACGGGCUGAAUCAAUGGGCUCGGGUCUCAUCCUUGCUUGCUCGCAAGACUCCGAAACAGUGCAAGGCGAGAUGGACGGAAUGGCUAGACCCAGGCAUCCGGAAGAUCGAGUGGUCAAAGGAGGAGGACGAGAAGCUUUUGCAUCUCGCAAAGUUGAUGCCUACACAAUGGCGGACCAUUGCCCCGAUCGUCGGACGAACUGCUACCCAGUGCUUGGAACGAUAUCAGAGACUGCUGGAUGAGGCGGAGGCCCGGGAAAACGAUGAAUUAGGACUUGGAGGGCCCGAGGGCGGAGAGACUGCCGCACCCACAGGGGACCAAGUUCGAAAGCUACGGCCUGGAGAGCUUGACCCCGAUCCAGAGUCCAAGCCCGCGCGACCUGACACAAUCGAUCUUGACGAGGAUGAAAAGGAAAUGCUCAGCGAGGCCAGGGCACGCCUGGCAAAUACACAAGGAAAGAAGGCAAAGAGAAAAGCCCGCGAGCGGCAACUGGAAGAGUCGAGACGACUAGCGGUGUUGCAAAAGCGACGAGAACUCAAGAAUGCCGGCAUCAACAUCAAAAUCACCACCAGAAAGAAGGGCGAGAUGGAUUACAAUGCCGACAUACCUUUCGAAAAGCAGGCAGCGCCUGGUUUUUACGAUACCCAAGAGGAAGAGGCGAAAAAUGAGCGAGAGCGGGAGAUGUUUGAUCCACGGAAACAACAACUCGCAAGGAAGAGACAGGGAGAGCCAGAAGACAACCUGGAUGCCAAGCGGCAGAAGCAGGACAAGGGCAAGCCCUCUGGCGCUUUGGCCGCCGCCGCAAAAGCUGCACAAACGCAACGGUUACGAGAAGCAGAGCAACAGAGUAAGCGACGAGCGCUGAACCUUCCAGCUCCUCAAGUCAGCGAGAAUGAACUGGAGGAGAUUGUCAAGAUGGGAAUGGCGGGUGAAAGGGCAGUUAGGGCUGUGGGAGAAGAGGACGGCGACGACCGAGGUCUUAUCUCGAAGUAUAACAAUAUGAUUGGAGCCACGCCUAUCCGCACGCCCCGAGCACCAGCACAAGAGGACCACAUUGCGAAUGAGAUCAGAAACAUCAGGGCUCUCACAGAAACCCAGUCGUCCUUGUUGGGCGGGGAGAACGCGCCACUCCACGAGGGCAGUAGUUCCACCGGGUUUGAUGGUAUAGCACCUCGGCGCCAGGACAUUGUGACGCCAAACCCGAUGGCCACUCCAUUCCGCCAAGCUGGUCCUGGAGGUCAACUGCCAGGAGCAACGCCGUUGCGCACGCCUAGAGAUAAUCUGACGAUCAACGAAAAGGGUGAGCGGCAGAUGGUUGCGCAGACGCCCCGGGAUAUGCGGCUGGCCGAAAACGCUGUACGAAAUUCUCUACGGGCGAAGCUGGCUUCUCUUCCCAAGCCCAAGGAAACCGAUUGGGAGCUUGAGCUUGCACCAUCAGAGCAACCCGACUCUGCCGUCGAAACUGCCCAGGAGAAGGAGGAUCAAGAAGAGAUCGAUCGACGAGAGCGCGAGGCGCGUGAAGCUGCAGCAGCAGCAGAAUUCAAACGGCAGACCCAGGUCUAUCAACGGGGUUUACCACGGCCAGCUGCCGUCAACUACACCUCCUUGGCUUCCGAGGCGACUUCGAUAACAGAUCCCAUCCGGCAAAUGAUAGUUCAAGAAGCCGCAGUUCUCAUGGCAAACGACGCUCAAAAGUUCCCUCUUCCGGGAUCUCAAGUUAUUGGCAAGCCUCCUCAAUUGGAGCGGCUUUCGGAUGGUUUGCUCGCGAAGGCACGCCAACAACUGGCGGCCGCGUGCAAUGAUGCUGACCGUCAGACGUAUCUUUCCGAGGUGAAUGCCAUGUAUGCUGGUACCAAUGAUCUUGAGGCUCUCCCUCGGAAAUUGGCUGCUGCAGCACCGGAGCAGUACAGCAAAGCCUUUCAGGCUGCGCAAAAGAGUCUUCUUGAAGCGGCCGAGGCCGGCAAUAAGCUCGAAAAGAAGCUUUCACUCCAUUUAGGCGGGUAUCAGGCACGGCAAAAGACGCUUAAGCAGAAGAUCAACACAGUUUAUGAUCAGAUCAAGGAGCAGCGCGCUCAAUUAGAGGCGUUCAAGACUUUGCAGAUUGGUGAGGAUGGCGCCCUAGCAAGGAGGCUCGAAAGACUCAGGGACGAGGUCAACUUUGUCAGCAGACGCGAGAGAGAGGCGCAGGAACAAUAUCGGAGUGUACAAGAGGAGCUUCGGCAGGUGGACGCCAGGGCAGCGGCCACGGUCAACGGGUAUGCUGGACAUGCUUGA